GUACUAACGGAGGCGCCACUGUUCUUUUAAACAUUUUCCAUUUUCAGUUUCCGUCUGUUCAUCGAAGAAGAUGGAGAGGGACGCCGGAGGCGGCGGCAGAGGCGGAAGCCGAUACACCCUCAAACCCAGCCGCUUCAGCAGCGAGGACAUCAUAUUCUGUGUAGACGUCGACUCCGAAUCGAAGGUGGAGAUGAAGGGCCCCAACGGCCGGCCUCUGGCCCGAUUGGAGGCUGUCAAGCAGGCCAUCCUCGUCUUCGUCAACUCCAAGCUCACCAUUAACCCCGAUCACCGCUUCGCUUUCGCCAUGCUUUCCAACUCCGCUACAUGGCUUCGGAAAGAGUUCAGCAGUGAAGUGGAGGCCUCUGCUGCUGCACUAAGGGGACUUUCACCAUCUUCCUCCAGUGGUCAGGCGGAUCUCACUAAUCUAUUCCGCUUAGCAGCUCAUGAGGCGAAGAAAUCCAGAGCACAAAACCGGUUGUUGAGGGUGGUUUUGAUCUACUGCAGAUCAUCUGUUCGGCCGCAACACCAGUGGCCGAUAAACCAGAAAUCGUUUACACUCGACGUGAUGUACCUGCACGACAAGCCAGGGCCUGAUAACUGCCCGCAGGAGGUGUACGAUACACUGGUCGAGGCUCUGGAACACGUGAGCGAGUACGAGGGAUACAUCUGCGAGACGAGUCAAGGGUUGAGGUUUCUGCUUCGGCACAUGUCCCAGCUGUUGAUGCAUCCCCAGCAACGGUGCCCUCAGGAGGACCUCGACAUCCCCAAGUCGCUAGUUAAGAAGUCGAAUGAUCCGACGCCUGGGGAGGAAAAUGUGCUCCCUGUGUCUAGCCAAUGAGACCGAACUUUGAGGGAAGGAAGCUCGGGCAGUGGUUACUGUCAUGUUAGGUUAGUGCUGUUGCGUGUGUGUAAAGGAAUUGGUGGUAAUGGUUAUAUUAUGUGCUAUGUAUUAUGCCGAGACCUGAAUGAAGGAUGAAGUUGGUAUUUGGUAACAAGCAGUAGUGUUGUAGCCUUGUCUUCAACUCAUAUAUGACUUGUUUGAUGGAUUUGUAGAUUAGACAUUAAAUGGAUUUGUGAAUUUAGGUGGUAUCUAAU